CCUGGCCAAUCCAGUUCUUCAUUGACAGUGAAUCAAGGAGAGAGAAGGCGGACGACGCUCGUAUAAAUUUCAUCGAAUUCUUUAUCGUGUCAUGCCAUUUUCAUCUUUAACAUUGAUAUCAUCUAAAACCCUAAGAUGACCAGACACCCCCGUGCCGGUAAAGCUUUUCGAUCGGGGAGUAGGACAAGUUCUAGGAUUCAGCAGCUGAGGGACGAUGAAGCUCUUCGUCGCAUUGAGGAGGAGUCAAGACCCCAACGCGAGGAAAAUGUAGUUCGUCAAAACAGGAGAGUCUACGCCGGAAGAAGGCAGAGGCGGGAGGAGGUGCAGCCUGUUCAAGUCAGUGUGGCGUCAUCGUCGACUUCUCAUCUCGACAUUCAUUAUGCGCCAAAUGCGGAUGUGGAUCCGAAAUACCUUGCUACAGACAUUGAGUAUGGUCCAGAUGAGAAAACCCCUCAUCAGCUUGUUAGAGAGUGUAUGCGGAUUUUUAACAAGAAGUUUCUCAUUAGUGUCAAGGAGGAAAGAGUGAGAUGUGGUACCAACGAGGAAGAUGAAGAUGAAGAUGAAGAUGAAGAUGAAGAUGAAGAUGAAGAUGAAGUAAUAAGGCCAAGAUCGCGGACUUCACCUAGAGCUAGAGGUGUAAGAGUUAGAAGACGUAAAGCAAUGCGUCCUGAUCUGAAAACAGUAACUAAGAUGAUAAAUGCGAAUGAAAUAUUGAAGCAAAAUAGGACAAAAUUUGGUUCUAUUCCAGGUAUUGAUGUGGGACACCAGUUCUAUUCACGGGCAGAAAUGAAUAUUGUUGGUUUCCACAAUCACUGGAUCAAUGGAAUUGAUUUUAUUGGGAAAUCUUCUCGUAAGGAUAAUAACAUUGGCUUGAAUUUACCACUUACAAGAUCCAUUGUUUUGUCUGGUCAAUAUGAGGAUGACUUGGACAACUCUGAAUCCAUUAUAUACACUGGCCAAGGUGGCCACGAUUUACUUGGUGAUAAACGCCAAAUUAAGGAUCAAGAGAUGAAGAGAGGCAAUUUAGGAUUGAAGAACUGCAUGGAGCAAUGUGUGCCUGUUAGAGUUGUUCGUGGCCAUGAAUAUAAAAAUAGUUAUGUCCGUAGAGUUUACACUUACGAUGGAUUGUACAAGGUUGAUAAGUAUUGGGAAGAUACAAGUGCUUCUGGAUUCCUUGUUUACAAGUUUGGACUAAGUAGGCUCGAAGGGCAGCCUGAACUUACCACUAAUCAGGUUCAAUUUGUUCGUGGUCAUCGCUCAUUAUCUCUUUCUACAUUACGCGGGUUGGUGUGUGCGGAUAUUACUGGUGGCCAAGAAGAUAUCCCCAUUCCAGCUUCAAACUUAGUUGAUGAACCACCUGUUCCACCCACAGGUUACACAUAUAGCCGCAACAUUCAAGUAGCCAAAAAUGUUAAGAUACCCCCAAGUGCUGAAGGGUGCAACUGUGUUGGUGGGUGUAUAGACCCCAGGGCAUGUAGUUGUGCAAGACUCAAUGGUUCAGACUUCCCAUAUGUUGUGCAUAGUAAAUGUGGCAGAUUGGUUGAGCCAAAGGCUGUGGUGUUUGAGUGUGGUCCAAAUUGUGGCUGUGGUCCUCAGUGCGUCAAUCGCAUUACACAAAAUGGAUUUAAUUACCGACUUGAGGUUUUCCGCACGCCAAAGAAAGGCUGGGGUGUUAAAUCAUGGGAUUACAUACCUUCUGGAUCACCUGUUUGUGAAUACAAGGGUGUUCUUAAAAAGACUGACGACUUGGACCCAUCUUCUGACAACAACUACAUAUUUGAUAUUGACUGCCUACAGACUAUGAGAGGACUGGAUGGAAGAGAGAAACGGCUGCGAGAUGUAACUCUAGCUUCUGACAUGAAUAUAAGUGAUGAUGAUCAUAUGUCUGACAGUCAGCCAGAGUUCUGUAUUGAUGCUGGUUCAGUGGGUAACGUUUCGAGGUUUAUCAAUCAUUGUUGCCAACCUAAUCUGUUUGUUCAAUGUGUCCUUAGUGACCACCAUGACAUAAAGCUGGCUAGGAUUGUCCUGUUUGCUGCUGACAACAUUCCACCACUCCAGGAGCUGACUUAUGACUAUGGCUAUGCAUUAGACAGUCUGGUUGGGCCUGAUGGGGAAGUUAAAAAAAUGCCAUGUUAUUGUGGUGCUGAUGAGUGCAGGAAACGAUUGAUAUAGCAUCUGAUUUAUUAUCAAUAAAUGCCUGAGAAAACCAUUUAAAUUUUUCUAUUUCUUUUUCUGGAUCAUUAUUGUUGAACUAUUUGUGUUUGUGUUUGUUGGUUGUUGUCUGUUGUGUGUUUGUUGUGUUCAAUUUAUCAUGAAAACUCUUUGAUUUACAUUUAAUGUAAGCAUGACUAUUGUUGUCUGACUUCAUUUGGCAAUUUAUUUGUUUGUUUAAUGCAUUUAUCUUUAAUUCU